AUGCAGGAUGGAGAUGGGACCAGUGAGGAGCCUGUGUCGUAUGAAGAGCCCCCGGUCAAGCUGGAGAUGCUGGAUGAAGAUGGGGCAGCUGGUGAUAUGUUGUUGGAGGAGCGGGCAGUCAAGUCGGAGGUGUCGGAGGCGGCGAGUGACGAGGACUGCGUGUCGGGUGGAGAGCCCCCAGUCAAGCUAGAGACGCUGGAUGACGAUGGCACCCCUGAUGAGAUAUUGCGUGAGUUUGAAUUGGAUGAUAGGUUUAUUAGGUUUAGAAGAUGUGACUCUAGUCACACAAAUGACAUGCUCCGGUUAAACACGGCGGCCGGAGACGGGGCGAGCGACGAGGAUGAGCCACUGUUGCUGUGUUCGGACGACAACGCCGCCCGCGCCAGUAACCAGCUCGCGAUGGCUUGUUCCGUGGUGCUCGAGCGCCUCCGCGACGACGCGACUGUUCACAGAGGAGACAAACCAUACACGUGCGAAUACUGUAACGAACGUUUCAGGAACAAGUCUAUUUUAAGAAAACACAUUCAACACAGUCAUUUAUCGACCGAAAAAAAACCAUUUGCUUGUGAUUUUUGUAGUUCUACGUUUCAAACCGAUUUGCUUGUAAUAGAACACGAGAAAAGCGAACACAGUGUUACAAAUUUCAUGUGUGCGGAAUGUGAGUAUACAACAAGUUCCAAGCAAAAUUUGGAGACUCAUUUAAAGAGCCAUUCUUUAGUGAAUAAUCUUAACUGUAGUCACUGUGAUUUCAAAUGCAGCGUUGAAUCAAACCUGCGACGUCAUCAAAAGACGCACUGCCGGAAACACCAGAUAAUACUCGCUGGAAAACAGCGUUAUAAAUGUAGUCAAUGCGACUACAAGUGCAGAGAUCGUUAUUUGUUACAAAAUCACGAAAGGACACACACUGGCGAAAAGCCUUUUACAUGUUCCUACUGUGAUCGCAAAUUCAGUGACAAAUCAAACUUAAAAGCACACCAGAUGAUACAUACUGGCGCGAAGCCAUUUCAAUGUAGCAACUGCGACUACCGGUGCAAUCGAAAACGCCUGUUACGAGUUCACCAAAGAAUACACACUGGAGAGAAGCCGUACAAAUGUAGUAAUUGCGACUACAAGUGCAAUAAUAUGUCAGACUUACGAAAACACGAAAGGAUACAUACUGGCGAGAAGCCUUUUCAUUGUAGCCACUGUGAUUACAAAUGCAGACAGAGUUCAAACUUACGAAAACACCUGAUGACACAUACUGAUUCGAAGCCAUUUAAAUGUAGCGAAUGCGACUACAGGUGUGGGCGGACAGAAAACUUGCUAAGACACCAAAGGAUACACAGUGGAGAGAAGCCGUACACAUGUAGUCAUUGCGACUACAAAUGCAAUCGGAAAUCUCAUUUAAAAAUACACCAGAAGAUGCAUACUACAGCGAAGCCAAACAAUGUGGCAUGUGCCACUACAAGUGUCGUCAGGCUGUAG